GGUACCCAGAGAUAAGGCUGCCCCGCUGGGCAUGAAGACAGAGCUGGAAGCUGGGGCCUGUGGGUUCUCCGAACUGCACCCCAACAUGGACAAGCAGAAUUCGGAAAAGUCACACAGCCACGCCUCGGCUGAUAGGACGUCAUCAGCCGUGUCCCAGAACCCCAGAAUGUCCUCCCAUGUCUCCAAAUCCAUGAAGGAGUUGUCUUACCUGAAGGUACCUCAGGACCCUUCCUGCAAAGACAGACAGGGACACCCAACCACCAUCAUUCUCUGCAAGUCACAGAGCAGCCAGGUUGCCGUGGAGCCCAAGGAGCACAACAUGUUCAUGGAAGAAACCUACAGUGCGGCCAUUUGCUUCAAGAUGCUCCAGGACCUGAAUGGUUCAGACCCUCGCGGCCUGAAGUACAUCAUUAAGAAGAUCAAGAACAUGGCUCACGAGGCCCCCAACCUGGUGCUGGAAACUAUCCAUGACUACUUUGUGAACAACCCAGAGAUGUCCUGCCGGCACAAGUUCUGGCUGUUCCAGGUCCUGGAGGCAGCCAUCGAAGCCAGCGACUCCCUGGAGGAGGCCUGGGAGAAGACGUUCAUGAAGCUGGCCCUGGAGAACAUGACUAAGUCCACGGAGCUGGAAGAGGUGUACCAGGAUGCGGCCGGCAACGUGCUGCUGGCCAUCUGUAGGCACUCGUGGCAGGUGGUGGCCCAGCACCUGGAGACCGAGGUCCUGACAGGCGUCUUCCCGCACCGCAGCCUGCUCUACGUGAUGGGCAUCCUGACCUCUAACGAGUCAAUCUUCCAGAAGGGAGAAAAGGCAUGCUGGGAAAAGCAGCUGGCCCAGAUGGCGGGAAAGUCCGUCCAGUUCCUGAACAUGGACAGGUGGUCCAAGGAGCUGUUGUCGGCACUCACCAAGCCUGACCAGACGCAUCAGGAACAGCCCCCGGAGAAGGCCUUUCUGUUCAUCUACUACGGGCUGAUCCUUCAAAACGAGGACAAUGCCACCACUGUCAGGACACACCUGAGAACCCUCCUGGACACGUCCCACCAGUGGCCCAAGCAGCGGGAGGGUAUCGCGCUCACCGUCGGGCUGGCUGCGACCCGCCACCUGGACCACGUCUGGGCCGUCCUAGAGCAGUUUGGCCGGAGCACACCCGUUAAAUGGAGCCUCCACAGCUUCUGCCUGAAGGGUCAGAAAUCAGAGGACCCAAAGUGGAGGUGGGCCAGCAGCACCAUGCUCCUCGCCUACGGUCAGAUGGCGGUCAAGGCCAAGGCGCACAUCCUCCCCUGGGUGGACAACAUCUUGUCACGGAUGGUCUUCUACUUCCACUACAGCUCCUGGGACGAGACCUUGAAGCAGAGCUUCCUCACUGCCAUCUUCAUGCUGGUGGGGGCCAUCAGCCGCAAUGAGGGGGCCCACAGCUACGAGUUCUCCCAGAUCUCAGAGCUUCUUGAGUGUCUGAUGGUCUUGAUGGAGAAGGAACCCCAGGACACACUGUGCACGUCAACUCGCCAGCAGACCAUUCACAUCAUCUCCAGCCUCUGUAAACUGAGGCCGCCCCUGGACUUGAAGAGGAAAUCACGGCUUCUGUCAGUCUGCCUCCGCAGUGUGUUCGCCCUGCCACUGAUGGACAUCCUGAAGAAACACACCUGCCUCUUCCUGGAGCCACCCAACAUACAGACCCUCUACAACAAGACCUUGGAGGCCCUGGACCAGAUGCUGCAGAGCCUCAUCAUGCAGAACCCUACGGCCGACGAGCUGCACUUCCUGCUGUCGCACAUGUACACCUGGCUGGCGUCGGAGAAGACACACGAGCGGCAGCGGGCUGUGCACAGCUGCGUGGCCCUCCUCGGAUUCCUGAGCCACCACCUCUACCUGGAUACCAAAGAGGACUUCAGGAGGACUGGGCAGCUGGUGGGCAUGCUGGGGAUUUUGUGCCAGGACCCUGACAAGGCCACCCGGCACUCCAGCCUGGAAGGGGUGGGCCACCUCUACCAGCUCCUGAUGCGCCAGAGAGCGAGGGAACUUCCAACCGUGGAGGCACAGGCCCCCAAGCAGCUCUCCCAGGCCAGCGAGGAUGGGGCCCCCAUCUGGAGCAGCGGAGACCAGCAGACAGCUCCCCCCACCCCCCGUGAGAUGGCAUUCCCGAAGGAUCACAUCUUCCAGCUUGGCAGCUCCCAAGUCAUCAAGGAGGUCAUGAAGCAUCUCACGGUGGCAGAGCUGACCGACCUCAUCUGGACAGCCAUUGACGGACUGGGAUCCCCCAGCUCCUUCCGCGUGCAGGCGGCCGCCGACAUGCUGCUCCUCGCCAUCCAGGAGCACGGGGCCGAGCUGGAGACGGUUGCCAAGCUGGGCCGAGCCAUUCACUUGCAGCUCUGCUCUGUCCACAUCCCCCAAGCCAAGAAAGUCGCCCUGCACGCCAUCACCCUGCUAGCCCGCAACCACACCUCGGAGCUGGUGGCCACCUUCCUGGACCCCUCCAUACCCUUGGACAGCCACUCCUUCCAGUUGUGGAGGGCCCUGGGGGCCGAGCGCCCCGUGAGUCGCCUGGUGGUGGCCACGCUGCUGGCCUGGCUGCAGGAGCGGCCGCUGCCAUCCGGGGCCAGAGACGGCAGCCCCCCGCCCGAGGAUAAGACCUACCUGCACUCGCUCACCGCCAUGAACUUGCUUCACGAGCUGCAGUUUGCCCGAGAGUUCGAGAAGGCGGUGCAGGAGGCCUACCCAGAGCUCCUCCUGGCCCUCCUCACCCAGACGCACUACAUCUCGGAGCUGAACCUGCCCGAGGAGCCCGGCCAGGAGGCCCAGCCGCUGGCCACGCCCAGUCCGCAGAGGACGUCGCUGGAGGCCCUGAAGGGUCUGCUGUCCACCACGGGGCACUGGCAGGACUUCGCCCACCUGGAGCUGCGGGGCGCCUGGGAGCUCUUUGCCACCACCCGCACCUACCCGCAGGGCGUGGGUCUCCUCGCCAGGGCCAUGGUUCAGAACCACUGCAGGCAGAUCAAGGCAGUGACCAGCCAGCUGCUGUCCAGCCUGCAGAGCAAGGAGAAACGGGAGCGGAAGACGGCCGUCCUCAUCCUCGUCGAGUUCCUCUACAGCCCCAUGCUGCUGGAGGUGCUCCCCAGACAGGCCGUCCUGACUGUGCUGGCCCGAAGCCUCAGGGAUCCCAGCCCCGAGGUCCGCGCAUUGAGCCUACAGGGCCUCGGAAACAUUCUUUUCCACCCGGAGAAGGGAAGCCUGCUCCAAAGACAGAUGCCGGCCUUUCUCAACGGCUUCUUCCAGAACAGCGAGCAGGUGGUUGUGCGGGUCAUGGGCACCGUGUCGGACGUGCUGCACCGACUGGGCGCCAACGGCGCAGCCGCGCAAAGCCUCCGGGUGGCCAUCAACGCCCGCUCCUUUUUCGACGACGAACGGGACGGGAUCCGGGCGGCGGCCAUGGCGUUGUUCGGGGACCUGGUGGCAGCAGCGGCAGGCAGGGAGCUGAUCGGCCUGCGAGCCCAGGUGCACCAGAGCCUGGUGCCCCUGCUCCUGCACCUGAAGGACCGCUGUCCCGCCGUCGUCACGCAAGCCAAGUUCGCCCUGUACCGCUGCGCGGUGCUGCUCCGCUGGCGGCUUCGGCACACCCUCUUCUGCACGCUGGCCUGGGAGAGGGGCCUCAGCGCCCGCCACUUCCUCUGGACCUGCCUGAUGACCCACAGCCAGGAGGAGUUCAGCAUCCACCUGGCGCAGGCCCUCAGCUACCUGCACAGCCGCCACCACCACAUCAAGACCUGGGCUGCGCUCUUCAUAGGGUACAACAUCUGCUACCACCCCCAGGCCGUGUCCCAGGUGGUGAACAGCAUGGACACAAACCUGUUGCUCUGCACUUUUGAAGAUCUCAAAAAAGACCCAGAGCCCGGCAUCCGGGAAUUUGCCAGCAGGCAGCUGUCUUUCCUUCAGGAAAUGGCCGCCAGACCGCAGUGACCUCCAGCCGUCCUCCCUCACCCUCCUCCUCCCCUGUGCCCACCGAAUUGGUCAACCCUGCCCCGUCCACACGGAGCUUGGAUGCAUAAGAUGUUUCCAUUUGAAAAAAAGAUGUAGAUUCAACAAA